GCUCGUCGCUGCCUGCCACCAGCCGCAAGUGCUUCUGCUGCCAUCAGUCCAACGUGUAGCAAUGCGUAUACAAGCAGUUGUAGUUGACGGCGUAUGAGUAGUUCACGGAAACAGUCAAGAUCAAGUGACGAAUGGAAAGCGUAUCCAGCUAUCACUGAAGAACCACAUAUUUGCUACUGCACAAAACGAGGUGCUCCUGGUCAGAGCCAUGCGUAUCCGCAGAAAGGAAGCAAUUUCGGGAUGCGUAUUCUCCACAGGUUUAUCUCCAGAAUGCAUCGGCCGUUCACCGGUCCUUCCUUUGGCAUCAGAGCGAUGUCGAAUUCAGCUUGUGAGUUGGGAACACGAGUGAGGGCAGGAAUCUGGAAGGAAGGAGGCUUUCGGCAGAUGGAUGCCGCACGCGAUCAGCUCCUCGUGUCCAACCUCAAGCCUUGCUCCUCCGCAAUUGCUACAUCUCACUGUCUUUGCUACGUUCGUGCUUGCCUAAAGAAUGCCUUUGUAGCAGACAGGCUUUUCGGUGCAAGAAAUCUCACGGAUGGCGAUUUUGCGCAGUCAUGUCGCGUGCUUCUUCGACGCCAUGAGGUAAUCACAGUAGACCAUGUACCCUUGUCCGCCAGUCGUCAGGACAUCUGCACAUAGGUAACAAGCAUCAGCACGCCUGAGAAUGACGAUCAAUCUUCGCUCAGGAGACGGCGAUAACAGUUUCAAGGGUCGCAUCGACUCGGCAGCGUUUGUCGGCUUUGUCGCGCCCGUCGUCGUCACACUGCCAAUCCUUGUUUCCCGUGGGUCGCUUCCACUUCGAAUAAAUAAGAAUCGAUCACCACGUCAAGGCAGGUU